AUGGCUACUGUCAUAUCCUCGCAAACCAAGCCUCGCCCGCCGGCGCACCCCAUUGACAUCUUGAACAGCGACACAGCUCGCCUAUACACGCACAUACAUCCGAUCCUAGUCCUCUCGAUCUAUGCGUUCCAAUUUCCCUCCAUCGUCGCAGAUCCUGUCCCCGCUCUCAUCAAAACCCUCAUCCCGCUCGCCGCACUACAGAUUGCAUACGUAGCAAUAUGUCUACCGCCGACCGGCGGCACAGCGACGCCGGUAAUAGAUAAGAAGAAGCCAGGGGAGAAGAAGAAGGUCGAGGGAAGCCUUGCGAAGACGAUAGUGCCCGCAUUCCUCUCCCUCAUAACCGCCACCAUCCUCUCCACCCCGCUCCUCACCGCAACCCUCGUCCUCUUCGGCGCCCCGCUUACUACACACCACGCACACACGCUCCUCGCUGGCGCACACAUUUCCUUCCUCUCCACGCUGCCGCUCGUAUACGUACAUGGCGUCGACGGCGCUACCUGGAGGGAGAUCAUCGCGCUGUUGAGGCCCGUGGAUGAGGUGUAUGGUGGGAUGAUUGGGACGGUGGUAGGCGCGUGGUUGGGCGCAAUUCCGAUACCGUUGGAUUGGGAUAGGGAGUGGCAGAAGUGGCCGGUUACGAUUGUUAGUGGGGCGUAUGUUGGGUGGGCGGUGGGAAAACUACUUGGAGGAUUGGUUUUUAAGGGGAAGAAGAUUAUGUUUGAAUAG